UUAUAAUCCUACACGAUUGCACCCCCUUCAAGAUCAACCACAAAACCUCCAUCGGUUCAUCUCAGAACAUCUACAAAACCCAACGGCUCCCCAAACUGAAAUUAUAUUCCUUAGCGCACUUGAUCGCAUCUCCCGCCACAGCUACCAUAUCCAAACCAAUCGCAUUUCCCCGUCCCAACGCGGCGAGAUACAAUGUUCAGACUUAACUCGGUGCCCCUCCCGACUCUGUCCCAACGGUCAGCCAUGGCCGCCAUCCACUCCAUAGCAGCUCAGAGCUUCCUCUCUCUCCCGAACCCCAAACCCAGAAAACGCAUUGCCGCUCACCCAAAACCCAUCUUGACCUCCAAACUCCCAAAAAACCCAACUUUCCCCAGAAACAAACAGAAAGGCAGGAGGGUUUUGAACUCGGCGGUCAAGCGAGAAGAGUGCGAUGUGAUUCCGGUUCAGAGCUCCGACAGUACGGACCAGCAGGAAGGGGUGGUGGCCAGCAGGGUGGAGAGCGAAGCCGGGGAUCAGGGGGAGUUGGUGAGUCAGGUGGGCGGGUUCGGAGCGAGUGAGGGGAGGCUUUCGUUUGAAGGGGCUGGUGGGUUUGGGUCUACUGGGGUUGGAAGUGAGAGGGAGAGUGAGGAAUUCGAGAGGCCGGUGGAAAAACUACUAACUAAUAUACCUAGUCGUUAUAGCAGUGCUUCCCUGAACAGAAGCAGUGCUUCCCUGAACAGGAGCAGUUUUCCAUCAGGCUUUGUAUUUGGUUCAGCUUCAGCAUCUUACCAAUAUGAAGGUGCAUGGAAUGAAGGUGGUAAAGGACCAAGCAUAUGGGAUAACUUCACCCACCAGUAUCCAGAAAAAAUCAGUGAUGGAAGCAAUGGGGACGUGGCUAAUGAUCAAUACCACCGCUAUAAGGAAGAUGUAAAGAUUAUGAAGGAUAUGGGAUUGGAUGCUUAUAGGUUCUCUAUCUCAUGGUCCAGAUUGUUACCAAAUGGAAAGCUAAGUGGGGGUGUGAGCAAGGAAGGAGUACAAUACUACAACAAUCUCAUCAAUGAACUCCAAAACAAAGGUAUAGCGCCAUAUGUGACAAUCUUUCAUUGGGAUCUUCCUCAAGCUUUAGAAGAAGAAUAUGGUGGUUUCUUAAACCGUCAAAUUGUCAAUCAUUUUCGAGACUAUGCAGAACUUUGCUUUAAGUUAUUUGGCGAUCGGGUAAAGCAUUGGAUCACACUAAAUGAGCCAUAUAAUUUUAUUAAUUUUGGCUAUGCAUCAGGACAAUUAGCACCCGGGCGAUGUUCUGCUUGGCAGAACUUAAACUGCACCGGCGGUGAUUCGGCUACCGAACCCUAUAUAGUAGCACACCACUUCCUCCUCGCUCAUGCACAUGCUGUUGAAGUGUACAAGACUAAAUAUCAGGCAUCUCAAGAAGGCGUGAUAGGAAUAACAUUAGCGGCAAAUUGGUUUGUGCCAAUUUCUAACGAAACUCGUCAUCAGAAUGCUGCAAAUCGAUCUUUGGAUUUUAUGUUUGGAUGGUUUAUGGAGCCAUUGACAAGCGGCCAAUAUCCGCACAGUAUGCAAGUUCUUGUUAAAGAAAGAUUACCUAAAUUUACAGAAGAAGAAUCCAAGUUAAUAAAAGGGUCAUUUGAUUUUGUUGGAAUGAAUUAUUAUACUACUCACUAUUCAAGCGAUCAACCUGAUAAUAAUUCUGCAAAUCCAAGCUUCUUGACCGAUGCUUGCGUUUUUGAAUCAACCGAGCUUAAUGGAGUCCCCAUUGGUCCUCCGGCUGCUUCAAGCUGGCUAGUUAUUUAUCCAAAAGGCAUUCGAGAGAUUUUACUUUACGCAAAGCACAAAUAUAAUAAUCCGGUCAUUUACAUUACUGAGAACGGCAUGGAUGAGUUCGAUGAUCCCAAAUUGUCACUUCCGCAAUCCCUCAAUGAUACCCACAGAAUUGAUUACCACUACCACCACCUCGACUAUCUUCGAAAAGCAAUCGAUGAUGGUGUAAAUGUGAAGGGAUACUUUGCAUGGUCAUUGACGGACAAUUUUGAAUGGGCUGCUGGAUACACCUUACGAUUUGGUUUCGUCUAUAUAGAUUACAAUGAUGGACUUAAGAGGCACCCAAAACUCUCAGCAAGCUGGUUCAAAUAUUUCCUUGGAUAAUGGUGAAGAUAUCCUGCUGCAGUUGUUGUUCGUGAAAUAAAUAUGCCAAGCAUAUCAUUUCCCUAUUUUCAUAAUUGUAUUCCUUUAGGAAUGUUCUUCCUCUUUCGUAAAAUAAAUAUGCCAAUUAUAUAUGGAUGUUUCUUUGUGUA